GGGCACGGCCGGGCCGAGCCGGGAGGUCGCGGUGGACGGCGGGGCCUGGCGGCCGGGGCCGAUCCGGAGCGGGGCGGGCUCCUGGCUCCUCGCCUCGCGGCCCCCGGUGCUUGCGGGCGGCCGGGCGGGGCGGGGACACCGCCAGCGGACGACACAGCGAAGGCGCCCGGCUGCAUUUUCCGUCCCCGACCCCGGGGGGCGGGGGGCGGGGUCCCCAGCUCCAGGCAGAGCACCCCGGGGACACCUGGGGCGGCCGCACCUGCGACACAGAAGAGAAGCUUAAAUCACAGGAGGGAAGUGACUUGAAAACUUACUGAGGUGGUUGGUGAAGUAGCAAAAGCCAGAACAAGGAACUGCCGACUGCCCCUGGGUGCUUUUUCUCCUUACCUACUUUUCCUGUUUAUCCACUGGAGUAAAAAGUUUUUCUCUGUCAUUCACAGAAAAAUGGAUCAUCUAAAUCUUCAGAGGACUCAGUUAUCUCAACAUUUCCAUACAACCAACUAAGAUGUAUUACAGUAAAUUCAUGACACCAAAUUUGUGCAUUGUAGAACUCCUGAAGAACUGAAAGAGGAUAUUCUCUUAUAAAAAAAUUAAUUCUGUUGUAUCAUGAUAAAACUAAAACGUUCAGUUGUUAAGUUACUAUAUUUGCUUACACAAGCAGACCUAUGCAGCAGCUGUUGUGCCCUGACAGUUUCCAAACCUCAAAUUUAGAUGGUUUCCACUGAACAUUGUCAUCAAAUAUAUUUUUUAACAAAUAUCAGUUAAGAGAACUUACUUGAAACAAGGCCUAGAAUAUUCCAUGUACCACCACUAAGUAGAAUUGAUAUUAUGGCAGCAACUUACAGACUCGUGGUUAGUACUGUGAACCACUACAGCAGCGUGGUUAUAGACCGUCGUUUUGAACAAGCUAUACACUAUUGCACUGGAACCUGUCACACUUUCACGCAUGGAGUAGAUUGCAUUGUAGUACAUCACAGUGUCUGUGCAGACCUCUUGCACAUCCCAGUGUCUCAGUUCAAAGAUGUGGAGUUGGACUCUGUGUUUCUACCGCAUGAAAAUGGGUUCUCCUCAGCUGAGGGUGAUUAUUCCCAUCAGGCCUUCAUAGGCAUCCCCAAGGUCAAGAAAGGAUCUCCAUUUCAGAACUCCUGUAAUGUAAAGGACAUCGCAGGAGAAGCAAUCAGCUUUGCCAGUGGGAAAAUAAAGGAAUUUUCUCUUGAAAAACUCAGAAACUCUAACCAUGCAGCUUACAAAAAGGGACGGAAAGUUAAAUCUGACUCAUUUAAUAGGAGGUCAGUUGAUUUUGACUUGCUCUGUAGCCACUAUAAUAAUGAUGGGAACUCUCCCUCCUUUGGCUUACUCCGGAGCUCUUCAGUGGAAGAAAAAUCUUUGUCCCAUAGAAAUUCACUUGAUAUGAACCUGACUUCAUUACUUCUUCAAAACUUCUCUGAAGAAGACCUGGUUACUCAGAUUUUAGAAAAACACAAAAUAGAUAAUUUUUCUUCUGGAACAGACAUAAAAAUGUGCUUAGACAUUUUGCUGAAGUGCUCUGAGGAUUUGAAAAAAUGCACAGACAUCAUAAAACAGUGCAUAAAGAAAAAGUCAGGGAGUAACAUCAGUGAUGGAAGUGGUAAUGAUACAGUUUCUAGCCCUGAAACUGUCUAUAUGACUGUUAUGACCAGGUUAGCAUCCUACCUGAAAAAGUUACCAUUUGAAUUCAUGCAGUCUGGGAACAAUGAGACUGUGGAUUUAGCAGAACUAGUCAGUAACAUGCCUAGUUUACAAAUGACUCCCUUCUCUCCAAUAUUUGGAACUGAACAGCCUCCCAGAUAUGAAGAUGUUGUCCAGCUCAGAGCCCCUGAUGCUGGGCAAUUUCAUACUAGAGAGUUGCAAGAUGACAAGCCCAAUUCUAGGAAAACAGACUCUAUAAAGUCUAUUCCAAAUGAUUCUAUAAAUCCUUUAUACAGCUUAGCAUUAGAUGAUCCCAAAGCUCUAAAAGGUGUUCCACUUCCGUCACAGUCAUUAAUCAUGAAUCCUUUAGAAAAUGUUUCCUCUGGUGACUUAAUGGAAACCCUUUAUAUUGAAGAGGAGUCAGAUGGAAAGAAAGCACUGGAUAAAAGACAAAGGAUAGAGAAUGGACCCACUCAGGAGUUGUUAAAGACAAAUGAAGAUAGGGCAGAAAUUUCAGACCAUGGGACUCAUCUUAAAAAACACCCUGCCUCACUGCAAAAUGAAAUGGGUGUGAUAUUUGAGAAACCAGUUAUUAAUUUACCCAAGAAAGAUCUUAAAUUCACAGUUCCUAAAGUUGAAGAAAGAGACCACAGAGAUUUUACAAAUCAUAACAGUCAAGAAGAAAUUGAUAAAUUACUGCUAGAUUUGGAAUCUUUUUCACAGAAAAUGGAGACCGCUCUAAGGGAGCCACUUGCCAAGGGCAAAACCUCUAAUUCUCUAGAUAGUCAUAGUCCAUUGACUGAUCAGAUCUCUGAAGAUACUGAGCCUAAAUGUAAAGUCCCUUCACCUGUGGAAAAAGUCUCACCGUCCUGCCUAACAAAGAUCAUUGAAACCAAUGGACACAAAAUAGAGGAAGAAGAUCGAGCCCUCUUACUGCGAAUUCUAGAAAGCAUUGAGGACUUUGCUCAAGAACUAGUUGAGUGCAAAUCAGGCAGAGGGAGCCUAUCGAAAGAAAAAGAAAUGAUGCAAAUUCUACAGGAAACAUUGACAACGUCUUCCCAGGCCAAUGUAUCAUCAGUCUGUAGAAGCCCUGUUGGAGAUAAAAUCAAAGAUAGCACUUCAGUUGUUUUGAUUCAGCAGACCCCAGAAGUGAUCAAGAUUCAAAGUAAACCAGAAAAGAAACCUGGAACAACACUGUCACCUCCAGCCACUGUUCCAAGUAGUCCUGGACCUGUCUCUCCUGCUCCUCAUGUGAAUAAUGUUGUGAGUGCACCAUUGUCCAAAAACAUUCCACAGUUCUACUUUCCUGAAGGACUCCCAGAGAGCUGCAGUAACCAUGAACAAAUUAUAAGCAGAAUUGAAGCUGCUUUCAUGGAUAUUGAAGAUCAGAAAGCAGACAUUUAUGAAAUGGGAAAAAUUGCAAAGGCCUGUGGCUGUCCACUCUACUGGAAGGCCCCCAUGUUCAGGGCUGCAGGGGGUGAGAGGACAGGAUUUGUGUCAGGACAGUCAUUCAUUGCCAUGUGGAGAAAGUUGCUGAUAAACCAUCAUGAUGAUGCCUCCAAGUUUAUCUGUCUUCUAGCAAAACCCAGCUGCAGCAGUCUAGAACAGGAAGACUUUGUCCCUUUACUUCAGGAUGUUGUGGAUACACACCCUGGCCUGACGUUCCUGAAAGAUGCUCCAGAAUUCCACUCCCGUUACAUCACCACAGUUAUUCAGAGAAUAUUCUACACAGUCAACAGAUCUUGGAGUGGAAAAAUUACUUCAACAGAAAUAAGAAAAAGCAACUUUCUGCAAACACUGGCCCUUCUAGAAGAAGAGGAAGAUAUAAAUCAAAUCACAGACUACUUCUCCUAUGAGCACUUCUAUGUUAUUUACUGUAAAUUCUGGGAACUAGAUAGUGAUCAUGACCUCUACAUCAGUCAGGCUGAUCUAUCUCGUUAUAACGACCAGGCUUCAUCAAACAGAAUUAUUGAAAGAAUAUUCUCUGGGGCAGUAACGAGGGGGAAAACAGUACAGAAAGAAGGAAGAAUGAGCUAUGCAGAUUUUGUUUGGUUUUUGAUCUCUGAGGAAGAUAAAAGGAACCCCACCAGCAUUGAGUACUGGUUCCGCUGCAUGGAUGUGGAUGGGGAUGGCGUGCUCUCCAUGUAUGAGCUGGAGUACUUCUAUGAAGAACAGUGUGAACGGAUGGAAGCCAUGGGCAUUGAACCCCUGCCAUUCCACGAUCUGCUGUGUCAGAUGCUUGACUUGGUGAAGCCAGCCAGGGAUGGUAAAAUAACCCUGCGGGAUCUGAAGAGAUGCAGAAUGGCUCACAUCUUCUAUGACACAUUCUUUAAUCUGGAGAAGUACUUAGACCAUGAACAGAGAGACCCCUUUGCAGUCCAGAAGGAUGCUGAGAAUGAUGGGCCUGAGCCUUCCGACUGGGACAGGUUUGCUGCUGAGGAGUAUGAGACUCUUGUCGCCGAGGAGUCUGCCCAAGCUCAGCUCCAGGAAGGCUCCUUUGAAGACUAUGAAACGGAGGAAUCUGCCCCUCUCUCUGAAAUUGGAAAAAAAGAUAAUAAAACAAUCACUUCAAGUUUCUCCGAGAAAUCUGGAAAGCUCCAGUCAGUGGAUGAAGAGUAGUCAGUGUCUACAUGGAAAUCUGUAUUUGCAACAUUUUCCUUGUGAAGAGACACUCUGGUUUAUAUACUGCUUUUUAAAGUUCUGUUUCUGCAAGUGUAUCUGCACUAGGAACUUUUGGAACAACAGAUUUGGAUACACAGACUCAAUUUAGGAGAUUGCUCCAAUUUGCACUUAUUAUCUUUACAAAGUUUUUCCUGAGAAGUAAAUAUGAUAUACAUCACCUACCAAAGUCUAAAAAGAACCAGCACUCUUCACCCCUGAAUGUACCAAGGGCACCUUGAGGACAGCGCCAAGCAGUUCUCUGCACAAAAACGGUUGUUUCUGUUGUUCAGCAUCUGUAAGGCCUCACAAGGUCCCUUUGGAGUUUGAAGGAAAAUUCACUUACAAAAAAAACUUGUUAAAAAAUUUGGAUCUUGAAAAAGGGCCUUCUGACUUAGCCCUAGUUAAUAAAAGCACUGCCAAAACAUCUCAGAGACUUAAGUGUACUGGAGUUCAAAGAUCUUGCACUUGGUAAUUUCAUAACCUGCCUAACUAGCCACUUUACAUCCUCAGGUAACAUAACCACUGGGUCUUCCAGCCUUGCUGGCAAGCUCUGAAUCCCUUCCCAUCCUGACUGUGGAUCAUAUGUAAAGUCUGAAGAACCUUUUUAAAUGAUGACAAUAAGUAUAGAACUCGACUCAUACUUGGGAGAAAAUACUAACUCAUUUUACAUUUAUAUGGGAUUAUUAAUGCUAUCUAAACAUUAUUCAUGUUGAAAAGAAACUUAUUCCAAUUAUUCUGACCACCUCCAUAUUUACCACAAAGUGGAAGAAAACAUGACACUACCAUAGAGAAAGCAAUUUCAUGGGUACCCUAACAGUAGAUAAAUUCAUUACAAAAUGUUUCAUUCAAAAAAACCACAAUGCAAAAUCCUUAAAGAUAAAAUUGAAGAGGAAGGAAAUUUCUGAUCAUAUAUUUUUUCCCCACUAGGAUUAUCAUGAGCUCGGUACCUGCAUGACAAAUCCACCACUCCCGGCAGCCAUUUUUUUCUUUUGUCCCCUAUUUUAUUUGGUAGGACAGAGACAAAGUUGAGAGGGGAAGAGAACACAGGGUAAGCACCUGCAGACCUAUUUCACUGUCUGCAAAGCAUCCCCCCUACAACUGUGAAGUGGGGGCUUGAACCCAGGUCCUUGCACAUGGUAGUGUAAGCUCAACUAUCACCCAGCUUCCAUGAACCUCUUCAUUAACAUGCCAUUUCCUUUUAUGACCAGAAAUAGGAAUGUACAUAAACACCAUUUCCACCAAAAGACUGUCCCAUCCCAUCCUCCCCACCCCCCAUGAUGCCGAACAUCCACACUCACGCUCAACCCAGGGUUAACUUUGGUGCCCUACUCCAAAUGCAUUAACAUGCAUUUCUAUCAGUGCUGUUUCCCUUCCCCGCCCAUUUCUGUUUUCCUUUCUUUAAGUUCUGAAAUGUCAACUGUCCCUUCUCAACACACCAUGGCUCCCUGCUGAUGUUAAGGCCAGACCCUGAAAUAAUCAAUCCUUGGGCUAUGGCAAAGAGAAUUUAGAAAAUGCACCAUCAGCUGGUGUAGUGAUGUUAGCAAGUCUAGCAAACUUUCCACUCAAGUAUCCUCCCAACUUAUUUUACCUUCCUGGUUAGUAUCAGCACUCAUUUUCCACUGAACUGUUAACAGAAAAUGAUAACCUUUAAAACAAAGUAUCUAAUAGUUCAUAAAGAACUAAGUUUUAAUGUAUCUAUUUAGAAUAAACACUACAAGUAAUAUAUUUAAUACUGGUAAAUUAGGAUUUAAAAUACCUUCUAUACACCCAACUUUUACCAGUGAAGGGAAACAAUUUUCUCAAAAAAAGUAUGGUACUAGAUAGGGCUUAAAUAUUAUACUAUCUAUAAUGAUCUAAACUAUUUCCAAGAAUCAACAAAAGUAAAAUUCAGUUUUUCAACAUUUUUUUUCCUUUUUACUGAUUUGGCUUUGAUUUAUCUUGUUCCUCAUUGAAGUCCUCCUGCUUUCUCUUUACUCAGUAUUUGGUUUAAAAUUGCUGUGGGGUGUGUGCAAAAUAAAAAUGGUUAUGUAAAAAGAUUUUCAUGCCCAGGGCUCCAAAAGCCCAAGGUUCAACCCCCAGCACUACCAUAAGCCAAAGCUGAGCAGUGCCCUGGUUAAAAAAGAAUUGAAGAUGAUUAUGAAAGUAUAAGCUACUAGUACCAUUCCAUUUAAAAUGACUAAGUUACCCAGAGUAUAAUCAUACUUCCAGACUUAAGGAUUUGUUUCACUGUACUCCUUAGAGGUGAAUGUAAGAAAUGUAAAAUCUGAGAAACUAGGAUGGCAUUUAUUUGAUUUUCUAGAAAAGAUCAUGCUAAGUAUAACCACUACUGCCCAGCUGGAAAAUUCAAGUUGCCAAUACAGUCCCUUUGUAAAAGUUGAAACUUGCUGUGGUCUUAACAAUACUCUAUUAAAAAAAAGUUCAUAACAUACCAUUAAUUGCUAAGGUAAUCAAACUAGUAAGAUUCUGUGUAUGUUCCCUGCAUCUUACCUAUGUAAUUGUGUACUGUUCAAAGUAUUUAUAAAACUAGAUCAACUGAGGCAAGUUAUUUGCUCAACUUUCAGAAAUAUUAAAGUGUGUUUGGGUGGAGAUGCCUGCAUGAUUUAAGUUUUGUUUUUGCUUUUCCUUUUUUGUAAAACUAAAUAAAGUUGCCAAAUAUGAA